ACCCGGGUAUGCUUCCCAUCGGUUUCGGGCAUCCACCACAUCGCUAGGGUUUUUGAUGUUUCUCCUUCUCCACUUCAAUUGGGUUUCUCUGCCGUCGCCUUGUGAUUUCUGUGCUCUUCAUCGAGAACGAUAACAAAAUCAUGGACAGGGCCAGGAAGCGAUCUCACGGUGAAGGCUUUUCAUCGUCGCCCUCGACGGUUGAUCGCAGCAACAAGAAGCCACUACUCGGUAAGCGUCCAAUCUUUGCUUCAUAUCUCGACAUUCCGGAUUUGCAUCCGAAAGUGAAAUUGCUCUGCGAUAUCGUAGCCAGUACCCAUUCUCUGAGCGUCGAGAAGGUUCUCGAAGAUACCGGCGUUCGGGUCACCCCCGAGGACGUCGAAGAAGUCCUCAAGUUGUCUUACGGUUUCCCUGGGCCCGUCGUGAAGUUCUUCCGGUGGGCGGGGUUUCAACUCAAUGACAAGCACAGCCCCUACUCUUGGAACUUGGUGGUUGAUUUGUUGGGCAAGAAUUGCCUGUUUGAUGCAAUGUGGGACGCAAUGAAGUCCAUGAGGAAAGAGGGGUUGAUUUCUUUGGCCACUUUUGCUUCUGUUUUUAGUAGUUAUGCGGCCUCCAAUCGGGUCCAGGAAGCUAUCGUAACCUUUGAGGUUAUGGAUGAUUAUGGUUGUCCUCGUGAUAUUGUGGCGCUGAAUUCGCUGUUGAGUGCAAUUUGUAGGCACGGUGAGACGGCGAAGGCCAGAGAGUUCUUAAGUAUUGUCAAGGAUCAGAUUAGGCCUGAUGCUGAUAGUUACGCAAUUCUGCUGGAAGGGUGGGAGAGUGAAGGCGAUGCGGCUGGUGCAAGGCAAAGUUUUGGUGAGAUGGUGGCUGAUAUUGGUUGGGACCCAAGCAAUGUCCCCGCUUAUGAUUCAUUUCUGACCACUCUGCUCAAGGGUGAUGGGAUGAGCGAGGCGUUAAAGUUCUUCGCAUCCAUGAAGGAUAGGAGGUGUUAUCCAGGGAUGAAGUUUUUUAAGGUUGCCCUUGAAGAAUGUACGAGAACAGCUGAUGCAAAGGGUGCCCUGCGUCUUUGGGAAUCUAUGGUUGAAAUGGGUGGAUUUAGACCAGAUACUGAGAUAUAUAAUUCAAUGGUUACUUUACUUUGUGAAGUUAAGGACUUUGAUUUUGCUAAUAGGUUGUUGGAUGAGAUGGUCUGUUAUGGUGUUUUUCCAGAUUCUCAAACUUACAAUAUAUUGUUUCAUUACUUAAUUAAGGCUAGGAAGUUGCAGGAGGCUUCAUCAAUAUUUUCUGAGAUGACAAAAAAUGAGCUUUUUCCUACUCACUCAGACUGCAGAUCAGCUGUCCGUGUUUUUGUGGAUAAUGGGGAGGCUUAUAUGGCCAUCAAAGUGUGGAAAUGCAUGAUUGAGAAUUACAAUUCUGAUUUGGAGGAAACUGGCAAUCUACUAGUGUUGAGCCUUCGUGAUAAUAAUAAGGUCCCGGAAGCUGUCAAGUAUGCUGAUGGUAUGAUUGACCGGGGGAUCAAGUUGAACUCCUCCACAUUAUCAAAGUUGAAACAGAGCCUUAACAAAGCCCGGAAGGGCUAUGUUUAUGAUGAACUUCUAAGAAAGUGGAAAACCCGAUAGACAUAUGAUGCUAUUGCAUUGUUUGCUUUAGCCAAGUGAACAUUUUACAAUUUCCAUGAUACCAAGGAUUCAAUAUUUUCUCUCCUCUAGGUAUUUUUAUGAGAUAUUUGCGUGUUACUGUGAGACACUUGGCGCAGGCGCAAUAAGAAUGUUGCAAGGUUGAUGCACAAGUUUGAUCGAGACAUGUUAAAGCGGUCAUGUUUAAGCUUGUAAAGUUGUAGGCAGAAGCGGUAUAGUUUUUUUCUUGGAAUGUUGAAAACUGCCCUCUUUUGUCCCUUGGAGUGCUCUUAGAUUUCAGCAACUAGCAAGCAAUGAAUAUUGUUUAUCAAUAUUAAUGAUGCUUAAAUUGGACUUUUGGCUUCAAAAUGUUGCCGGAAACCAAUGGAG